ACGUCACCGCGGGCGCGCCGGCGGCGGCGGCGGAGCCGGGAUGCACCGGAGGGGGGUGGGGGCGGGGGCGAUCGCCAGGAAAAAACUGACCGAGGCCAAGUACAAGGAGCGAGGGACGGUCCUGGCUGAGGAUCAGCUGGCCCAGAUGUCCAAGCAGCUGGAGACGUUCCGGACACACCUGGAGGCGUUUGCCAGCAAGCACAAGCAGGAGAUCCGCAAGAGCCCGGAGUUCCGCCUGCAGUUCCAGGACAUGUGCGCCACCAUCGGCGUGGACCCGCUGGCCUCUGGCAAAGGUUUCUGGGCGGAGAUGUUGGGCGUUGGAGAUUUCUACUACGAGCUGGGGGUGCAGAUCAUCGAGGUGUGCCUGGCGCUGAAACACCGCAACGGAGGGCUGAUCACGCUGGAGGAGCUGCAGCAGCAGGUGCUGAAGGGAAGGGGGAAAUUCGCCCAGGACGUGAGCCAGGAUGAUUUGCUGAGGGCCAUCAAGAAGCUGAAGGUUCUGGGGAAUGGAUUUGGGAUCAUCCCAGUGGGAGGAACGUUCCUGGUGCAGUCGGUGCCGGCCGAGCUGAACAUGGAUCACACGGUGGUGCUGCAGCUGGCAGAGAAAAAAGGGUUUGUGACGGUCGGCGAGAUCCGGACCAGCCUCAAGUGGGAGACGGAGCGGGCGAAGCAAGUGCUGGACCACCUGCUGAGGGAGGGCAUGGCCUGGCUGGACGCGCAGGCUCCGGCCGAGCCGCAGUUCUGGUUCCCCGCGCUCUUCCCGGAGCUCCACGGCCAGGAUGGAGCCCCCGAGGCGGCGCCGGGGAAUGCUGAGCCCUGAGCACCUGGGAUCCAGCUGGGAUCCAGCUGGGAAUGAGGGCAGAAUCCACCUGGGAUCCAUCUGGAAUUCCUGGGAGUGAGGGCAGAAUCCACCUGGGAUCCAUCUGGAAUUCCUGGGAAUGCCGAGCCCUGAGCGCCCGGAACGGUGGAGGAAAGGGGGGGGAUCCACCUGGG